AUGGCGAGCGCAUCGGACGAAGAUUACCUCGAAACAGAGAAACGCAUGGCGGAGGAGCGAGCGCGAUGGAAAGCAGAACAAAUCAGGCUGCUACGGCUUGACUCUCGUGCAUCUCUGCCUUUCGGCAUGAGACUUCCUCUGGCCACCACCCUCUCUUGCCUGGCGGGCAUGGGUUUGGGCUUAACUUAUGGAAGCAAAACAGCUGGAUUCAAAUUCCGAGCUGAGAAUGCCCAUCGACUUCCUACGUCUUCAACGGGGUGGUACCUCUAUCACAAAAGCAAGAACUACCACAUGGCUCUGGGCGGUGUCAAGGAAGGCAUCAAGCUGGGAGCCAAGCUUAGUUUUUGGACGGCGGGAUUCUUCAGCAUCGAGGAAAUGUUCGACCGAUAUAGGGGGACCAGGGAUUUCUUCAACACUGUCAUCGCCAGUUUAGCUGUCGCUGGAGGAUUCAGCCUAUGGAACCGCUUUCCCAUCCAAACAGCUGCGAAAACGGCGAAGACUGGAUUGGCUAUUGGGCUAGCCUAUGGAUUAGCACAGGAUGCUUUGGGGGUUGCUAAAGGGCGAGGGCCGAGCUAUGUGGAUUUCAUCCUCCGGAGAGGCCGCCGCACAAGUAAAGCCGACGUGGAACAGGACGGAGCCGUUUGA